AUGACUGAAAGAUGUCAAAAAGAGUUUUUAAGGAAAAUUCGUAAUCAAAAUUUUAUUAUUUACGCAGGAAUUCUUGUUGGUUUAUUGGCUGUUUUAUAUUAUUACAGAUUACACUUAAUCACAAUAUUAGUGAGCUAUGGACUGGGAUGUUUGGCUUGUUAUUAUUGCUUAACGACAAAUGUUUUACGAAACUGUGCGGAACAAAUUACGUGCCAUUUUAUAAAAAAAUCUCCAAAGAAUAAGGAAGCUUCAAAGCAGGGCUGUAUUACGUGUGGGUCUCGGGAUUGCAAUCGUCAUGAUCCUCAGAUAUCUACUGAGCCAUGGAGAGGGUUACAAAUACAUAAACAAUUGGAUCAAGCCAUAGAAGACUUUUACAAUACAAUUUUAGAACAAUUCAUAAAUUCCUGGUAUACUAAGAUAACUUUACAACCAUUCUUUGUGGAUGAGUUAAGGUAUCAGCUCAGAUAUGCUUCUGCCUCACUACUGAGGAGAGCUUUGAAAAUAAAUUAUGCUAGAUUAAUAUCUGAACGUCUUGUGCCAUGUGCUUUGAGGCACUACAGUGUAGUAACAUCAGGUGUAAGGCCGUGUCUACAUGUUGCAGCCAGUAAUAGAAAUGCAGAGUUAAGAUACUUGCGUUGUAUGACAGAGGCCUUAUUGCCUUAUUUGGCAAGAAAUAAUGAAAUACAGAAUUCAGUAUUUAAAGUAUUAAUUCGCGAAAUUUUUGCUGGGUGGGUCCUUUUAUCACUCACAGAUGUACUGGCGGACCCAUAUAUACUCAACACAUUGAUAAUUUUAGCGACUGGCAACGAAACUGUGGCACCGUUGCCAGCUACACCUAAUUAUAAAGUAGAAUUUUUAGAAACAUUCGUACGUCAGACGGAGUCCGUGUACGCUAAGCGUCCGCGUUUAUUGCGUAUAGAGUUGGAAUUACUGGUUCAAGAACCAGAUCACUUUUACGCGUUCAUGCAACACUUAAAGACGAGUGGGACUAUACAUGUGCUGCACUUCUAUAAAGAUAUCAAAUCAUUCCAAACAAGAAUCCUAAAUCCGGAUUUAUCCGCCAAAGAGCAAGCGCAACUUCAUCUUGAGGCGAAAGAGCUGUAUCUCCGGUAUAUUGCCGUCUCGCUCCCUUGCGUGUCUCUCCCCGAUGCGUUAGAAAGAGAGCUAAAAGAUUUGCUCGACACGGGCGUCGAUUGUGUUAAACGCUUACAAACGAGUCGAGCGUUGUACCAAGCGGCGCAUCAGUCUCACGCGAUGUUGGAGAAAGUUCUCAUGCCCAAGUUUUUGCACAGCGAAGAGUUCUACAGAUUAUUAAUUGGACCAAGAAUUCCCACGGGAUAUCACAAGCAAUUGACGAAAAGAUCUCAAGAAAAAUCAGUGAAACUGGGAACCAAAAUCCGCAACGUACUUCGUUCGCAGAAUGAUGGGCAGGUUCUGGAGUCGAGCUUACCUGAUGAUGGACUGGAGAAUGUCGAUAUUUUGAAGUAUUUCGAUUCUCUGGCUACAGAAGACGGGCUCGGAGACCAGGAUCUUAGCACUUAUAAGGUGGUUCUGACUAAUGUUGAGACCAGACUGCAAGCCCCACCCCGUCGCGGCCCAGUAAGAGUAUUCAGAGUCGCAGUACAUCAGAUGAGACCGGGAGAAACUGCUAAUUUCUUCACUGUAGACAGAACAGAACAUGAUUUCCACUUGUUGAGGAGUAAACUGCAAGAGUUUCAUGGAGACAGACUGCUGGCGCAUCUGCCGUUACCUUCUAGACGAGACAACAGCCCACUAGAAACACUAAGAUACAAAUAUGAAGAUUUCCUUCAACGAAUUCUUCAAAUAACACUUCUGCAAACAAGUGAAUUGUUGUACCUAUUCCUGACUGUGGACACGGAUUUCUCGCUCGUGGUCCAGGCUUCGACUCUCAACGUGGGCACUGAUUUGGGAAACAUUUAUCAGUCGGUCGCGCAUCGGUUGAGAAAGGAAAAGGGGCAGCAUUUGGAGAGUUUUUUGAGGAAUUUUCUCAUUUCGUCUGACAAGGAGCGUUAUCAGGCGCUAAAACAAGGCACCCGCGACGUGGAAGAGGCGCUGGAAGUGAAUGAGAACGUACCGGAAGUGGUAAUUCGGAAACGUAACGGGCGUAAUAUUAAAAACCGGACUUUUGGGAAUAAUUUCGAUGUUCGGCCUCAACUCUCAGAUCGAGAUAUGGUUUAUCAGCAAAAUGUUGUUGGGUUCACGCAAUGUCUUAUGUAUAUAUUGAUAAAAGUAAUAAAAACACGCAGCUUUUUACUGGGCGUGGUCGGGAAUAUACUCUCCAUAUCCCGUGAUCUCGUGGACAGAGCAUUCUGCUUUGCGCUGAAUAGGAGCCUCUCGGACUUGCUCAGUGAGAGGAGGCUCGCUCAUCUUAUACGAUUGGGGCAUGGUAUACUUUUCAGUAAGCGCACAUCACCAAGGAACGACGCAGUGAAACAACGCUUCACGGCGAGAUCUCGAGUCGAGGCCGCCAUCUGCGCACGCGCAACCAUCGCACUGGGACCAGGACUGCCUCGCGCUGCGCUCAACGCAUUUGACAUUUUGCAGAAUCCGUUGCUUAAUAAACAGCUGGUGUACAACCUAUUGGACCUGUGCGUACUGGAGCUGUUCCCCGAACUACGGAGUGAGAGCAGAUGA